AUGGCCACAACCACAGUCCAAGACGACAUAACAACCAUCCACCUAACCCCCUACGAACUCAGCACCAAAACACUAACAUCCCACAAUCUCCAAGCCGCCAUCACAGCCCUUCACAACGACGGCAUCGUCAUCCUAAACAACGCCAUCGACACAACCCACCUCGACAAACUCAACGCCCGCAUGGUCUCCGAAGCCCAAACCCUAUACGCCAAAUCAACCACGCACCGCAACUUCGGGCCUCUUACGGGAAACAUCCAACAAGAACCUGUCCUCGAAGACGGAUACAUUUUUUCGGAUGUGAUUGCAAACACAUUCGCAACUCAAGUCGUCGAAUGCAUGGUCGGCCCUGGGCCGGCACUCAGAUUCCACAGCGCAAACACCGCGUUCAAAGCCACGGGGCGUCAACCGCCACAUAUUGAUGUCCAUUUCGAUUUCCCGCGUGGUGUCCCUUUUGGGUACUGCGUUAAUAUUAAUCUUGUCGAUACGUCGCCGCUAAAUGGGGCGACGGAGGUGUGGCCCGGUACGCAUCUCAGCACUUCGAUAGAUGACGUGUCCGAGACAGAACCCGGGAUACGCGAGGAGCUCCUAGAAGAGCGCAGAAAAAUUCGCCCGCCGGUUCAACCUUCUUUGCCAAAGGGGUCGUUGAUCAUCCGAGAUUUCAGAUUGUGGCAUGCAGGUAGACCGAAUCAGACAGAUGAGCCGAGGGUGAUGAUUGUCACGGUGCUGUUUCCGAAGUGGUAUAGGAGUAAUCUCGAGAUUGUGUUGCCGAUGAGUGUCAGAGGGAAGAUUGAUUGGGGUUCGGUUGAUCCUAAGAUCAAGUGGGUGCCGGAUGGGUAUGACUACUUGCAAGGGGCGCAUGAUCAUGACUUUGUCUUGUUGCCCUGA